AUGGAAUCAUCUCGGUACAUUUCAGUGGUUAGUUGCCACGCUGAAGGAGAAGCGGGCGAUGUUAUCGUCGGUGGCGUGCGUGAUGUGCCUGCUAAAACGAUGAAGGAGAAGUUCCUGUACUUUAGGAAACACAGAGAAGACUUGCGCCUUGUGCUUCUAAAUGAACCGCGAGGCCGACCCGAGAUGAGCGUUGUGUUGAUUCUGCCCCCUGGAGAUUGGUCGCCUAUGUCAGGGUCCAAUGCCAUCUGCACAGCCACAGUCAUGCUUGAGACUGAGCCUUGGACAGAAGUGUUAUUUGACACUGCUGCGGGAUUGGUCAAGGUGAUAGCUCGUUGCGAGCAAGGAGAGUGCAAGUCGGUAUCACUCCAAAACAUACCCGCUUUCGUAUAUGGUCUUGACCUUCCAAUUGAUGUUCCUGGAAUCGCAUCAAACUUGGGCUUGCAAGUUUCAAACGAGUGUGGAACUCAGCUUAUGGAGCUUGGCAAGCGUGUCAAAGCCGCCGUCUUGGAAAAGCACAACCCUAUCCACCCAGAAUCGCCAGAGUUUUGCGGGAUCGAUAAUAUUGCAAUCACGGAGCCUCUCCAGGAUUUAAACAGGGAGAAAACAGCGAAGCAGGCUAUGACAGGAGCCCAUGUGGGACAGGCAGCUCUGCUUGGCUGGCUAUUCUUCAUGCUAAGGGAUUACUCAAUCCGGGAGAGACAAUAUAAUUCCAGAAUCCGUGAGUUAACCAAAGUUGGAGAUAAAGAUACGGUUCUUCCAACCAUUGAAAGAAGGGGCUGGAUAACUAGCUAUAAGUAG